AAAUAUUACUACAAUUCUAUAUCUUAUUACGAUAAUAUAGAACAUACCGUAAUAUCAGCGCUAUGGCAGUUGAGCACAUAAUCCCUUUUAAGAUAGAAAAUAACAUAAUGAUAGGUGAAGAAGAAUUAAUCGAUGAUAGUUGCAUUAAUACCGGAGAAUUGAUUUUGAACGCAUUUAAAUCUAGACCGGAUUUCAUCGGCCAAGUGGAUGCAAUGACGGGAGAAAAAAACACAUUCCAGCAAAUGAGGGAACGGAGCGUAAAAUGUGCAUUAUGGCUGAAAAAAAUAGGUAUUCAACGCAAUGACAGUAUAGUAGUGUGUACUUCUAAUCAUUUGGAUACUUAUAUACCAUAUUUGGCGAUUCUAUAUGUCGGCGCUGUUUUACACGUGUGGAAUAUAAAUCAACUGAUAACUGUAGAUCAUUUUAAAUUUCGUCCAAAAGUAAUUUUUGCUGAUUAUAAGAAAGCUUCUUAUAUUUUUACAUUUAAAAAAUACGAGCCAAAUAUAGCGUCGACACUUAUAAUCGAUGUGUAUAUCGAUGACAGAAGAGGAGGAAGAACAGCAGAAAGGAAGAAAGGAAUACAAAAAAGAAAAAAAAAAGAAACAAAGAAGAAGAAAAAAUUAUUUCCCUAA